UGACAUAUUAAAUUUCUCACAGGUUUUAUUUUUCCAGUUGUGACCUUCAGUACCUGUCCUGUGUCUUUUAAGAAUUUCUUCAUCCAGGGAACAGAUUCAUUGGCUUAGGAAUAACUGCAAAGGGUCUACAAGAGAAUUGGUCACCCAUUGAUUCAAGAAUUAGAUCUCACCACACUCCAGCCAGAUGGAGAAACCAAGGCAAAGAGGUUAAAGGAUCUCUCAGAGCCCCAAAGUGUGUUGAUGCCUGUCCCCUCUCCCUAGACAUGUGCCCAGACUACUAGACUUCUCUGCUCUGGCUGCAGGGAAGUGGGACGCCCCUUUGGCAAUCUGUCAGUGCCAACCUGAGCCGCAUCCUUUCGCUGGGUAUUUUCUAAGCUGGCUGACAGUCCUUAAAACAAGUAUGCAGUUAAGCUGCUAAGAGAUGGAGGAAGCUAGUUUGUGCCUUGGUGUUUCUUCAGCUGUGCCAGAAGCUGACGCCCAUCUCAACAGCACCAUACUCAAUGGGCAAUAUUCAAUGAGUCAGAAGCUGCACCAGAUCACUUCCCAGCUCAGCCAUGCCUUCCCAGAGCUCCAGAACAGGCAGAAUCCCGAGGAGAAGGCGUCAGUGCCACUAGAAGACAAAAGUCACAUGUCCAUAGCAAACCAGCCCAUCAGCAGCCAGAUGGCCCUGCUGGCAAACCAGCUCAACAGAGAGGUCGACACCAGCUUGAACGGGCGUGUGGAUCUGCAGCAGUUCCUCAAUGGACAGAACCUGGGGAUUAUGUCUCAGAUGAGCGACAUCGAGGAUGACGCCAGGAAGAACAGGAAGUACCCCUGUCCCCUGUGCGGGAAACGCUUCCGCUUCAACAGCAUCCUGUCGCUGCACAUGCGCACCCACACCGGGGAGAAACCCUUCAAGUGUCCCUACUGUGACCACAGGGCAGCUCAGAAAGGCAACCUGAAGAUACACCUGCGUACUCACAAGCUUGGAAACCUUGGCAAAGGGCGUGGAAGGGUCCGAGAAGAAAACAGACUUUUGCAUGAGCUGGAGGAGAGAGCAAUUCUUCGGGACAAGCAGAUGAAGAGCAGCCUCCUGCAGCCACGGCCCGAUGUGAAAGCACAGCAGCACACCCAGCCCAUGCCGCUCGCAAACUGUAACUUGUCUGUGCCACCUAAUCACAACACACCUGAUAUUUCAAACCCUGUUCCCUCUCCAAAGCCAGCCAGUGUCCAGGAAGAGGUUGUCGCUCAGACAGCCGGGUUCAGAUGCACGUUUUGCAAAGGCAAGUUUAAGAAGCGAGAAGAGCUGGACAGGCACAUAAGGAUCCUACACAAGCCUUACAAGUGCACUCUGUGUGACUUUGCUGCCUCGCAGGAGGAGGAGCUGAUCAGCCACGUGGAGAAGGCUCACAUAACUGCAGAGUCAGCACAGGGCCAGGGCUCCAACGGGAACGGGGAGCAAUCCACCAAUGAGUUUCGUUGCGAGGUGUGCGGCCAAGUGUUUAGCCAAGCCUGGUUCCUGAAAGGCCACAUGAGAAAGCACAAGGAUUCCUUUGAACACUGCUGUCAGAUCUGCGGGAGGCGAUUCAAAGAGCCUUGGUUUCUUAAAAACCACAUGAAAGUUCACCUGAAUAAGUUAUCUGUAAAGAACAAAUCUCCUAAUGAUCCUGAAGUACCUGUCUCCAUCAGCAGCAUGUCCCAGGAAGCUCAUGCAAACUUGUAUUCAAGAUAUCUGUCAUGUUUGCAGAGUGGCUUUCUUCCCCCCGACAAGGCGAGACUGAGUGAACAAAAUCAGAUCUACAACAAAGGAGAUAUGCCCAUGAAAGAGAAGGAAGUCUUGGGGAAGCUCCUUUCGCCCAUUUCUGGCAUUGGCCACAGUAUUGCCGAAGGGGAUAAACAUUCUUUAUUGGGCUGUCUCAAUCUGGUGCCUCCUCUGAAAUCCAGCUGUAUAGAAAGGUUACAAGCUGCCGCCAAAGCAGCAGAGAUGGAUCCAGUAAACAGCUAUCAGGCCUGGCAGCUUAUGGCAAGGGGAAUGGCCAUGGAACAUGGCUUUUUGUCUAAAGAGCAGCAGAUACAGCGCAGCCACGAAGACACUUUGGCAAAUGCUGGAGUUAUGUUUGAUAAGGAGAAGCGGGAGUAUGUGUUAGUAGGAGCAGAUGGCUCUAAGCAGAAAAUGCCUGCUGAUUUGGUUCACAGCACUAAAAUGGGCAAUCAGAGAGACUUGCCAAGCAAACUAGACCCUUUAGAAGGCAGUAGAGAUUUUUUGUCACAUGGUAUGAACCAGGGACUCGAUUACAACUUACAAAGUCAUGGAAACAUGAAAGAAAAGCCAACUGAAUGCCCGGACUGCGGAAGGGUUUUUAGAACAUACCACCAAGUGGUCGUUCACUCCAGGGUCCACAAAAGAGACAGGAAAGGAGAAGAUGAAAUAAUUCAAGGUAGUCUCGAUGAGCGGCGUGGGUCUGGAAGUGAUCAAGAGUCUCAGUCUGUCAGCAGGUCGACAACACCAGGGUCCUCUAACAUUACUGAAGAAAGUGGAGUAGGUGGGGGUCUCUCGCAGACAGGGAGUGCUCAGGAGGACAGCCCUCACCCUUCCUCACCCUCCUCUUCAGACAUUGGAGAAGAAGCUGGGAGAUCUGUAGGAGUCCAGCAGCCAGCUUUACUGAGAGACAGGAGCCUUGGUUCUGCCAUGAAAGACUGCCCAUAUUGUGGAAAAACUUUCAGAACAUCCCACCACUUAAAGGUCCACUUGAGAAUACACACAGGUGAGAAGCCCUACAAGUGUCCACAUUGUGACUAUGCUGGCACUCAGUCUGCAUCCCUCAAAUACCACCUGGAGCGGCACCAUCGGGAGCGACAGAACGGAGCAGGACCCCUCUCUGGGCAGAGUGCGAGUCAGGAGCACAAGGAUGAGACACCCAGUAAAAGCUCUGUGUUUAUCAGGCCAGACAUACUGAGAGGAGCCUUCAAGGGACUUCCUGGUAUCGACUUCCGAAGCGGCAUGGUCUCGCAGCAGUGGACGUCAGGAAUGCUGUCUUCUGGAGAUCAGCAAGGACAAGCAGUUGGCAUGUCAUCUGAAGGAUCUUCAGAAAAUAUGAAGGGUUCAGACAUAUCUUCCAAAGGAACACACUUCUCUGAACUUGGCCGUGCUUACCAGAACAUGGUCGGGAACGGUGUGAACUUUCAAGGGUCUUUGCAAGCUUUCAUGGACAGCUUUGUCCUAAGUUCUUUGAAGAAAGAAAAAGAAAUGAAGGAUAAAGCUCUCUCAGAUCCACUUUCAGCAAAAGCUCUGGGCUCAGACGGUGGUGAGGAGAAGAUAAAUAGCAAGUCCUCCCAGCGGAAAACAGAAAAGUCGCAAUACGAACCUCUGGACUUGUCGGUAAGGCCCGAUGCAGCCUCCCUGCCAGGUUCCUCUGUCACUGUACAGGACAACAUUGCCUGGCACGGCUGCUUAUUUUGUUCCUUUACAACUUCAUCCAUGGAGCUAAUGGCUCUGCACCUCCAAGCCAAUCACUUGGGCAAGGCUAAACGUAAAGACAACAUCAUAAGCAACAGCAAGGAGCAGUCUAGAGAGGUUUCAGCCUCGGUGAACAAAGUGAGCUUGCUCCCCUCCUCUGUGCAGUCCAGCAAGGAGGCAGGAGUUUCAAACAUGCUGAGCCAGCUGGACACAGCUUCUGAGAAAAUGACCCAAGGACAAAAUAAAGAGACCCUGGGAGAGCAAAAGAGCGCUGCCUGGCCCAGCCACAUGGAAUCCACUUUUUGUAAUUUUACAACAGACUUCUAUAAGCAGUUCGGUGUUUAUCCUGGUGUUAUUGGCACGGGAACACAAAAUUCUUGCACCAGUAAUGAAUCCGAAAUAAAAACACAAUCCGAAGAUGACCCAAAUAUUCUGCUCUCUGACUCUGUAAAUAAAAGUGCUAUUGAUGACCUUUCUGACAUAGCUUCAUCUGAGGAUAUGGAAUCUUCCAAGGAGGAAAACAUUGAAGAUGAGGACAUUGACACAGAACCAGAUAUUAUGAAUAAGCAGUUGUCUGCCCUAAAUAAAGAAAGCAGUGAAGGAGGCGACAAUAUACAAAGUGCAGUCACCUCACCACCCACACAAGGGCUCGUAUCACCACUGCCACAAGCUUCAGAAAAGCAGUGGCACAGUCAGAAUCUUCUCUCCUCACACGAAACUGCACAAGAAGUGAUGAAACCCGAACAAGUUCAGGGUCCGCAGGUCCUGGAGAAGCAGAUGAAGAUGUUGUCAGUCCUAAGAGCUUACAGCUCUGAUGGCUUAGCAGCCUUUAAUGGACUUGCAAGUAGCACAGCAACUAGUGGAUGUAUCAAGAGACCUGACUUGUGUGGUCACCGGCCUUUCCAGUGCAGAUACUGCCCCUACAGUGCCUCUCAGAAGGGAAACCUGAAGACCCACGUGCUCUGUGUGCAUCGCAUGCCUUUCGACAACAGCCAGUACCCCGACCGCAGGUUCAAGCGCUCCAGAGUCGACUCGGAAGCUGCUGGGAGUUUGGAGGAGCCGGCGGCUGCCAAGGCAGGGAGCUCGGCAGAGCUGCCCGACGAGGGCACCAAGGCCCAGGAGUGAUGCCCAGCGGGUCCAGCCCUGCUCUGCUGUAGCCUUUUACCCCGGCUUGGGACUCGUGGUUGGUGAGGGCUGGCUUAAUAAACCCCUUCCAGGGAAAGGGAUGGCGUGCCAGUUCCCAGAAGGGUCCAGAAUGCUGAAAACAUUCAAAUAUAUGUAUAUGUACAUGUACCCACACAUGUACAUAUAUAUAUGUGUAUUAACAGACACAGAGAUAUCCAGUCAUACCCAAACUGAAUAUAUAUCUACACACACAUGCACACACAAAAUACACACAUUCCAUACAUAUGUGUGUGUGUGUAAAUAUAUAUAUUACACAUGCAAAAUAAAUUUCCAGCCCUUGAAAAUGGCUGCUAAACAGUUACCUGGCAACUAGUACUUCCAAACAAUGUAGGUGCGAUAAUAAAGUGAUUUAAAAAUGUUAGGAGGUCGUUAGUUAUUCAAAAAAGCAGGGCAAUUUUAAACUUAAAAGUGGUCUUUGUCCAAAAAUAAUGCUCUUAACAGAAAAAUGAUACCCUCUAAACGAUAUAGUGUUGCCUUGAAGAUUGAGGGGCUGUGUUUUCAUUGUUGAAAACACCUUUAUAAUAUGACACCAGCUGCUGUCAUUUGCCUAGCAUAGUAAUGAGAUGCCUUGGUAGACUGCCAUGGUGCCAGUCUGACUGGAGCUGUCAUUGCAGAGAAAAUCAAUUCAAGUGGUGUUGCAACUGCAGUGUAGGAGAAACCUUAGACGGCCCAUAAGCUGGGGUCAGUACUGACCUAUUUUGAAAAGUAUUGUGAUAUUACAUUUUCUUUUUUUUUUUUUUUUGUUAAUAUACAGCCAAAUGAAUCAAUGGUCAGAAAAUAAAAAUCUGCAGCCCAAUGUGUGAUUGCAGAUUUGAAAUGUAAUUCCAUUUUUUGUAAUCAUCUUGCAGUAUUGAGGGAAAUGCUUUUAUUCCUUUUUUUUCCUUGUUGAAGAAGUUGCUAUAAAUGUAGAAGUACAAUAUAUAGAAAUAUUGUUUAGUAAAACUAGUCAGCCUUAUCUAUAGAAGGAACUGGUGAGAAACAGAAUUUUAUUAUAUAGGAGGUUGAUAAUUUUUUUCUUCUGGUCUUUACUUGUCUUAUUGAGUUUUUUUCAAACUUCCUUUCGAUUCCUUUUUUUUUUUCCUUACACUUGAAUGAAGGAUUCCCUGGUCAUGGUUAUUUUUCAUGUAUUAGUUUUUGUAAGUGUUACAGACACAGUGCAGAAGUUUCUUCUGGAGCAAGCCCUUAUAAAGUAGCUUGACCUAAAAUAUGAAUCCAAGCUUUCUGCUCUUUGUCUCUAAUGAAAAAGAAAGUGUUUUAGAUGAUAUUUCUUUGGUUUUGUAAAACAAAUGUGUUCUAUAUUUUUGCAGACUUUAGCUUUUUUACUGAUUGGAUGCUCCAAAUUUGGUAAGGUCUUUGCCACAUAGGAAGCUUUUGAGAGACUAUAACAAACCACAUAAAAAGUAAGAAAAAUAACUAAAGGUUUAUUCUGAAAUUCUCUGAAUGGCAUAAAAUUUUAUCCUUCUAAUGUACUUCCUUUGAUAGAAGCAAAAUUGGUGCUGUUUAUCAUGAUAGUAGAGAAGUAUUAACUUCUUCUAAAGCAAAAUCAUCCAGACUUAAGAAAAAAAAAAAGAAAAAAGUAAAAAAAAAAAAAGUCAAUAUUUCUUUGCAGGCUGGGAGCACAGAGUAAAACCCCAGGGCCUUAAAACUUCAGCUCUGCCUAAAGCAGUUUACAAAAAAUACUAAACUGCAAUCAAUGUAAAUAAAAUUCUUAGCGCUACCCUGAGACUGGAAAAAAAAAUCUCAGGCUAAUAAGGAAUACGGUUUGCAUAUGCUGUCGGAAAGGAUGUCAUCCAACUGAAGUUUCAGUUUAAAUGAGGUCACUGUGUAACUUGGACCCAUCUGGCACAGAGCAAGCUGCUUUUCUUGUUUUUCUAGUAUAGUUCUCACUGCCUUACUUAAAUCGAGUUGAUAAACUUAAUGCAACUGUUUCUAUGAUCCUAGAUAAAGGAUUGAAAUGUUAUUGAACCUUUCUGACUGUAGUAAGCUUUAGGAUUUUAACUGCACUACUGUGUUUGGUGACUGUGUCAGUCGCUUGCUUUGUGUGUUUGCGCCGCCUUCGGUAUCUUAGCAAAAAAAAAAAAAAAGAAAAAAAAAGAAAAAAAAAAGAGAGAGAAAAAAAAAACAAAACCACCCCCCACAUUCCAUUUCUUGCACUUUUUGAGCUCUUUCAGUAUUCUUUUGUGUCUUCUGAGCAUUUUCAGAUACGACAGGCAAUAAUUCUGUUUGUGACACUGGAAACAUCUCCCGCUCCUUGUGAUGUGUGUGUUGAUUCCAUUUGGUCGGGUGCUACUGUCCCUAUCCUCCCCUCUGACAUAGCCCUUUUUUCCAGAACAUUUGUAACUUGUAAUACAAACAAGUGACAGCAGCAGUGAUGCAUUGUCAGUUUCUGAAUAUCAUCAUGCUUCUCAUAUCUAAACAUGUCAAGUUUUUUCUCUGUAACUUCUGUAGUCUGUGAUACUGGUCAUAAUACUGUCUACAUUCCUACACAAAGAAAAAUUUCUAUCUUGGAGGAAAUCUGAGAUCAAUAGAGUAGAGGAUUUUGUUGCUAUGCUUGUAACAAUUAGAAAACUUUGUAUUUAAAGUUUAUUCUUGGUCAUUAUUUAUUAUUAUAAUACAUCAGUUGACAGAACUUUAUUCUGGUAUAGAAGUAUUAAAAGUUGUUUUUUCAGCAAUGACUGUUUUCUUUCUGCUGUUAGAAUAAAAAUGUCUUUGAAGCAGUACAGUUUUAUCCAGUGUUUUACGCAAUAAAACCUCUACCUCUGAAAAAAAGUUUUCCUACUUGCUUAUGUUUAUUAGGAACAGUUAAAACGUUAUUUUCUUCAGCUUUGUCAGAUUUAAAAAGAAAAAAAAAUAAUGCCAGUAAAUUCACAGUUGUUAGGCAGUUACUGGAGUGUAUUAUGCUGGGUGUGUGUGCUCAGUCCACUUAUUAAUCUGAA